GAAAGUGCCGGGGGUUGAGGCUGAAGGACGACGUGACCUGGGAGUACACCCCGCUGUGGCCUCCGCUCUAGCCUGGCGCCGCACACGCCUGACCGGUCGGGCCUCGACUUCGGAAGGCUCGACGUGGGAACCGUGAGCCUCGUCGGAGGGAGUUGGCAGGCAGGCGGUCUAGGAUUCCUGUCAGCUCCUCCUGCUGUGUGGGCCUGUGCCCACUGGGUGAACACAGAAUCAGGAGGAAAAGAUUCUCCGGGAGGAUAGGAGUCACGUUAGUCUCUGGUUUGGGAUCAACGGAGCUAAAGCACCAAUUGGGAAAUGGAGCUAGAAGCGAGAUGUAAUAGAUAGGCAAAUGGGUGUUCCUGGUAUUUUAAUAUGUACAAUGAUGAACAAUUUAACAUUAAGGAGCUGGGUGAAUGAAAAAUGGACCAAGAUCAAACUAUAAAAGAUUGUGACCAUGGCUGCUGAAUCUGAUGUUCUACACUUCCAGUUUGAACAGCAAGGAGAUGUGGUCCUACAGAAAAUGAAUCUCUUGAGACAGCAGAAUUUAUUUUGCGAUGUGUCCAUUUAUAUUAACGACACUGAGUUCCAGGGGCACAAGGUGAUUUUGGCUGCUUGCUCUACUUUUAUGAGAGAUCAGUUUCUACUCACACAGUCAAAACAUGUCAGAAUCACCAUUCUACAGAGUGCAGAAGUUGGCAGGAAGUUGCUGUUGUCCUGCUAUACUGGGGCACUUGAAGUAAAAAGAAAAGAGCUUUUGAAAUACUUGACUGCUGCCAGUUACCUUCAGAUGGUUCACAUUGUAGAAAAAUGCACAGAAGCUUUGUCAAAGUAUUUGGAAAUUGACCUUUCUAUGAAAAAUAACCAACACACUGACUUGUGUCAAUCUUCAGAUACAGAUGUUAAGAAUGAAGAUGAAAAUUCUGAUAAAGACUGUGAGAUCAUUGAAAUUUCAGAAGAUAGUCCUAUAAACCUAGAUUUCCAUGUCAAAGAGGAGGAAAGCAAUGCAUUACAAUCUGCUACAGAGACACUGACAUCAGAGCAAAAGGGAAUGCAGUCACCAGAGCUCUCUACAGUAGAUGGUGGCUUUAAAGAGAGUGAAAUCUGUAUCCUCCAUGUAGAAUCCAUCAGUACAGAUGAUGUAGAAAAUGGGCAGUUUUCACAGCCUUGUACCUCAUCCAAAGCAGGCAUAUAUUUCCCUGAAACGCAGCAUUCGUUGAUCAAUUCUACAGUUGAGAACAGAGUGACAGAAGUUCCUGGAAAUACAAAUCAAGGGUUAUUUCCUGAGAAUUCUGAUGGAAGUCAUGGUACAGUAAAUGAGAUUCAGAAUCUGGAUGAGAAUUUUUCCUUGAGGCACCAGUGCCCCAGGUGUCCUCGGGGCUUUCUUCAUGUAGACAACUAUCUGCGCCACCUUAAGAUGCAUAAGCUCUUUUUGUGCUUGCAAUGUGGGAAAACAUUUACACAGAAGAAAAAUCUUAACCGGCACAUUCGAGGACACAUGGGUAUACGACCCUUUCAGUGUACAGUGUGUUUGAAGACGUUUACUGCUAAAAGCACGCUUCAGGACCACUUGAACAUACACAGUGGGGACCGGCCAUAUAAAUGCCAUUGUUGUGAUAUGGAUUUCAAACACAAAUCUGCUCUCAAAAAGCACUUAACCUCUGUUCAUGGCAGGAGCAGUGGUGAAAAAUUAUCCAGGCCUGAUCUCAAACGGCAGAAUAUAUUGUAAUCAUAUCAAUGACUUUGUUGGACACAUCUGUUUAUAAAAAUACAGCAUUUGUAGUAUCAACCCCCCCAUCUGUAUCUUUUAUUUUUGUUCUCACAUGUUAUUCAUUCUGAACUUCUAAUAAUUCCAAAGUUGUGAGUGGUGUGAUUAAGUUUAUGAGAGUCUAUGUUGUCUCAAUCAUUAUGUAUUAGUGUUCAGUAAUUGCAGAUUCUGAUUUGUAGUUUUUAGAUAAGUGAUUUAAUAUUGAACUAUAUAGAACUUUAAUGAGGUAAGAUGACCAGAAAAAAGAUUUGAAAGCAUAGUGUUGCACAUCCCUAUUAAUAUUGAAAGCAGAUAAGACUAGCAAUUUUCUUUUUAAAAUUUAACCAGAACACCAAGGUACUGUCUUAAACUAAAGAAGCACAAUUCCGAUUCACAUGGGGCCAGCAAAAUGUCUUUAGAAUUGCAUUACUUAAAUAUCCAAAAGAAUUUGUAAUUAGACCCUUUUCCUGAUUAUAUAUAACAUAGUUGGAUCAAGAACUCUGUGGCCAAUGCAAGUAUUUUCUUGUUAUAGAUUGGCAAGUUACUUUUCUUAAAUAUUCCACUUUCAUCAAAGACAUUGUUAAACUAUUUAGGGUUUCUUCUUUUGUUUUGGUUUACAUGCACUAAAAUUGACCUCUGGAAUUAUAUUUCUGCGAAUUUAAUACAUAUCUAAUUGUCUGCAAUUGGCUCACAGAAUAGUUCUAUCACCUUCCAAAAUUCCCUUAUGCUGCUCUUUUGUAGUCCACCCCUUAUAACUCUAAAUUCUACUAAGAGUUCUUCAUCAAUAUAAUUUGUCCUAAUCUGUGGUGAUAUAAAACUGGAAUCUUAUGUUCCUUUUUGAUAUUUUUAACCUAACAAUGCUAUUGAUCUUGAUUUAUGUGUAUAUUAGCAAGUCAUUACUUUUUUAUAUCUCUUAUUUUACUUUUGUCAUGAUUUGUGUAGCCCAGGCUGGCCUUGAAUUUGCCUUGAUUCUUGAGCACUAAGAUUAUGUCUGGGCCCUUUUUUUGUUUUGAAUUGCCUAUGUAUACAUUUUCUUUUCAAGCAGUCAUCAGGUGAAUAGUUUAAUUUUUAAAAGCUACUAGAAUUAGUUAUAAUGUCUCAUUUGUAUGAAUAACUGUACAUUCAAAACUUUUGUCCUUACAAUGAAGAGCAAAAUUUACUGCUGGGCAUAUCACCUUCCCUGACCCUAGGAAGAACUCACUUUCAAACUGUCUUAUUUCUCUACAUAACUCAGCUAUAUGUAGCAUUUCUACAGUAUUUAAGUUUUAUUGACUCUUUUCUGUAUUUUAACAUGUAAUAUACUUUGUACUAUAUAAGAGGUUUGUGAAAAUCAUAUGGAUAUUAUAUAUAAUUUUUGUGAUACUUUUGUGGGAAUAAUGCUCUACAUUGAAUUUUUAACUCUGGGAGAGACUUUAAAGAAUAUAAGUCUCACAGUUACUUCAAAAACCAAGUCACUAAUUAAUGAUAUUGAGCAGGUCACCUGUCCAUCAACUUUUCUUAAUUUUAUAUAAAAUAACUUAGAUCUUCAUAAUUUUAGAAUUAUUUCUAAAUAAAUUUCUACAAAUUUAUAUUCUUCAUGUGAACAGAGGAGACAUUUAUGUCUUUACAAGCAAAACACUGCUAUUUGAGUACUCUUGGAAACAACAUUUUUUUAAGGUAACAUUUUGUUCCAACAGAUAAUGGACUGGUUCAGUGGCUAAUUUUUUUUCCCACAUAUCUUAAGAAUGGCUAGUUAUAGUUGUGAAAGUAUUUCCCUCAGAGAAAAUGUUUGUGACUGAAGUGCUUAUUUUUGCUUCCUGAGUUGAAUUUUGGAAGGGAGGGCUAGGGAUGGGUGGAGAGGGUAAACUACAGUAAACAAUGGAUUUUUUUAGGAAGUGGUAUCUACUAUACUGUUUGGAACAUUUUGAUUGAAGGUGUUUUAUGUUUUAUUCGUGCCUUGUAAGAUUGUUGUAAAAUCAAAAUUUGUGAGCACUUUGAAAGUUUUGCUUGUGGGAGGGUGUUUUAUAAAGCUGUUAUUUAUAUUAUUUAUUUCCAUUUCGUGGACGGACUGAUUCUAGGAGCUGGGCAAAGUGCACAUGCCUAUAAUUCCAGCAUUUGGGAGAUAGAGGCAAGAGAUUCAGUUCAGAGCCAUCCUUCCUUAUAUAUAGCUAAGUUUGAGGCCAGCCUUAUAUACAGAGACAUUGUUUUAGGAAAAGCAAAACAAAAAAAGUAAAACAAGCCAAAACAUUCCUGGGAGAGUAUCCAUUUGCAUGACAUUUCUGAAAAAUUCAGCAAAGUAGAAUCUGUAAAGAUAAGCAGGUAUGACAAAGUAAAGUGUAGCAUUUAUUCAUUUUAAGUACUUUUAGCUGUUUGUUUUUAAUAUGACAGAAAAGGCAGUAUGUUUGGGUUGAACCUCAUAUGUACUGCAUUUAUAUGUGUAAAAGAUCUUGAAAAGGUAGUUGUUACUUUGUUGUAGAGAAAAUCCUUUCCUCUUUUCAUUGGAUGUAAUUAUGUUUGUAUGAAACAAUAAACUGGAAAUGAGAAUGGA